AUGAUGGUUCAGACAUUCGUUACCUUACUUUCUUUAUUCGUAUGUGUUAACUCUGCAUUGAUUCCUGCUCAAUUACUUAACCGCGAUGAUCCUAGCCCAGUAAUAGCUCCAGCCCCCUCAAUCCCAUCAUGUGCAAUUCCAUGCAUUGCAUCAGCAGUAGCCGCCGAAACGAGUUGUGGUGCCACGGAUUUAGCAUGUCGGUGUGAUCCUGGCAAUGCUAGUUUGAUCCAAGGAGUAGCCACAGGCUGUGUACUUCAGGCUUGUGGAAUCCAGGAAGCUCUUCAGGUCCUAGAUGAUGCUACUGCAGAAUGUUCCUCUGUGCUUGCAGCUGGAAAUGCUGGUGCGGCUUCUUCUUCGGCAGCCCCUUCAGCAAUAACAUCCGCGGCCCCAACUUCGGCUCCUACUAGCCUAUUGGCAGCUCCAUCAUCUGUCCCUACUACUUCUCCCAUUGAUCCCAGUCCCCCAUUUGCUGUUCCUUCAUCAGUUGCGGGCUCGCUUCCCUCCUCAGUACCAAAUACGUCAUCAAAUGCCACAUUCAUUAUCCCUGCUUGUGCGGAUAGUUGCAUUCAGAAUGCAAUUGGAUCCACUCCUUGUGGACUCACGAACAUUACUUGUCAAUGUGAGAAAAGUAAUGCGGAGACUAUUCAGGCUGCUACUGUUUAUUGUAUAGCUGCAAAUUGCGGAGAAAAUGGGGAUUCUGUUGCUAUUGAAAUCAAUAGAUCACAAGUUGACAACUGUACCGCACUAACGACUCCCUACAAUUCAUCGUCAUCAAUCACAGGCUCAGUAACAGCCAACGGACCAACACAAAUAAGUCUUACCGGCAACCCAUCCGGUAUAUCUACAGCACUACCUCCUUGCGGGCCACCUAUUCCAGGUUAUUCAGCAGCACCCACGGAUCCAGGUAGUGUUGGAACUGGUCCAUCAUACUAUGGAUAUCCAACACUGUCGAACCCGAUUAAUCCUCCUGGAUCACCAACUUCAGGUGCUGGAGAUCCACCUGGAAUUGCAUCUAGCACGCCGACUGAUCCGGGCUCGGCUUCUUCAACUAAUAUCAGUGUGGAUCCAUCAGGAGGUUCUGGAUCUAUACCCACUGAUCCUAGUUCUCCAACAAGUGGUGGAUCUUUCCCAUCAGGAGCUGGGUCUAGCACACCUACAGAUCCAGGGUCAGCGUCUUCGACCAAUGCCAGUGCUGAUCCAUCGGGAAUUAUAUCUAGCACGCCUACUGAUCCAGGAUCAGCUUCUUCAACUAGUGUGACUGCAGACCCAUCAGGAGGUUCCGGAUCUAUAGCCACUGAUUCUAGUUCUCCAGCAAAUGGUGGCUCUUUCCCAUCAGGCGGUUCAACUCCUGUCGACCCAGGAUCUACACCUACUGAUCCUAGCUCCCCAACAAGCAGUGGUUUUCUUCCAUCAGGCGGUUCAACUCCUGUAGAUCCAGGAUUAGCCUCUUCAACCAACGCAAGCGCAGACCCAUCCGGGACUUCUGGAUCAUCAUCGACUAUCCCAAGUUCGCUCCCUUCUGACAGUUCUUCAACCCCUACAGAUCCAUCAGGAGGCAUAGAUCCUCCCGGAGCAGCUUCUAGCACGUAUCCUUCAGACCCAUCUGGAACUUCGAGCACUCCUCCAAGUGGAAAUGGUGGACCAAGUUAUGGAUAUGGAUAUGGAUAUGGUAGUUAUUAUCCUUCUAGCAUACCCACGCCUACUGGAAAUGGAGGUGAUUCAAGUGAUCCAUCGGGAAGUGGUGGUGUUUCGGCAUCUUCUUCAGCCACAGGGGCGAUUUCUUCGAGUAGUCAGUCGAUUGGAGCGUCUACCACUUCUGAGGGUGAUUCUUCGAGUCCAAGUACUUCUGCUGGAGAUCCUUCCUCGCCAACUAUUCCUAGUGGGGAUCCGUCUUCCCCAAGUAGAACCGGUGGAGAUCCUUCCCCACCAAGUCCAACCAACAGUGAUCCAUCUUCACCCACAGCCUCGAGCGGGCUAAACGACCCCUCCGGAUCUCCCUCCGGAACUGAUCCCUCUUCUUCUACACCCUCCAAUUCAAACAAUCCCGCUCCACCACCACCACCACCGCCACCAGCCAGCGGAGGCUAUUACGGCUACAAUCCCGCUUCAUCACCCACAUUCACUUCACCCUCCAUCCCAGCCAUCCCAACAUCCUCAACCGAUCCCACCUCCGCCCCCUUCCGCCUCUCACUCCUUCCCUCCCGCUACUCCCUCCUCACAUACAUCAUGCGCGUCUACUUCAAUCUCUCACCCCCCUCCCCCUUCAUAUCUGCUCGUGGUCUCACAACCAAUUUUCGCGACUCCGCAUGCAUAUUCUCCAUCUCCUCAUCCGGCCUACUUUCCUGUUCCGGUUCCUCAUCGUCAUCUUCUCAUUCUCACUCCGGAAAUCCCGACACAAACACGAGAUAUUUUGGAGAAGAAUUCGCACGCGUGUGGGAUUCUGGAUAUACGGUUUUACAGACACGGAAUUCGUUGAGGGAUAUGCGAGGUAAGGAUUUGAAUGGCUCGUUGGUGGUGGACUCGACGAGUGAGUAUCCGUAUGGGAAUUUGUUGAAGUUGAGAAAUGGGGAGUUUAUUGGGAAUGAUAACCAAGCCCGUUUCUGCGCUCAAAUAUCAUCUCCAAUUCCUCCAACCUAUGGAUCACCAAACCCAUACGCAACGCAAAGCCAAACCGAUGCGUUUUUGGAAGGAAGUCCAGUUCGUGCAUAUAUUAAUGGGACGCAGGGAUUACCUACAGAUUGUCAAGAGGUGAAAUUGGUGAUUGAAUGGGUUGAUGGGGGUGCUUAG